AUGUCUGGCUUAAAGCGAGCUGGUCAGCACUGUCCGGGAGCAAGGCUGGAGUGUGUGGAUGUGGAGAAAGACACUGGCCGAAGGGACAGCCUUAUCGCUGAACAUGACCUUGUUGUGAGCUGUCUACCGCAGAACCUAGUUCAUGGUGUGGUCCUGGCAUGUCUAGCCAAGAAGACAAACCUCGUGGCCGUCAACUACUGUCUCCCAGAACAGAAGCAACUGCAUCAACAAGUUGUCGACGCUGACCUGAUCUUCUUUCUGGACAUUGGUCUGCGUCCUGGGCUGGACCACAUGGCGGCCAAACAAGCGAUAGACGACAUAAAAAGCAGAGGAGGCGAGAUAACAUCGUAUCAGCUGUACACAGGUGCUCUUCCGACUCCAGAAUCCGCGACCAAUCCUCUCAAGUACAAGUUCAGCUGGAACCCCGAGAAAGCCCUGGCGAAGAACUUGAAGGCGAGCGGCUACAUGAAGGAUGGCGAGAAGACGAUCGUGCCAUCUCCUAUGGAGGCUGUACAUGACGUUGGGCAAGUCCGGGACUUCCAGGAAGAGUUUGAAGGAUUCUAUUAUAACUUUGACACUUCGUAUCUAUCCUUGUAUGGAAUCGAGGAAGUGCACACCCUUAAGAUGGGCUCCAUGAGAUACAAGGGCUUCUGCGCUGCGAACCUGAGCCUGAUGAAACUUGGUCUUUACAGUACCACCCCCCACAAGCUGCUGCAUGAGGACUCUGACGCCUUCACGUGGAGAAACUACAUGUGUUACGAGUUUGGGCUGAACGAAAACGUCACAGAUGAAGUCCUGGAGUCAAAGGUCAACGAGCGACUAUCGCCAGGUCAAAUAGAGGUUAUCAGAAGGUGUGUCUAUACGGGGAAGGUCCAUGCUGGAUGUGAUGCUCUCAACAAAUGGAAUUGUUUUGGUGGUCAUUACUACUCAUUUGAUUUGAAGGUCGUCAUGAAAAAAAGUAAUUUGAAGGUCGUUAUGAAGUAG